AUGCGGAUUCUUAAUCUCCACUCCGGAACCGAUCCAGAAGAUCCACAGCUCUCUGUCGACCUGAUCACUGUGCCUCUCCAUGCGGCUCCCCCGUUCGCAGCCCUCUCGUAUGCAUGGGGAGACCCGCUGCCGCAAGCAGAAAUUCGCUGCUGCGGUCUUGCAUCCAAGAUAGGGCUCAGCCUCUGCAGCGCACUGCGUCAACUGAGGCGUCAUGCUGUAGAAUCAGACCGGUUGAUAUGGGCCGACGCGCUGUGCAUCAACCAGGGGGAUACCGCGGAGCGAAACGCGCAGGUCCGGAUGAUGGGUGACAUUUACGCCAGGGCGACGAGUACAUUGAUAUGGCUGGGCGAAGAGGACGAUGAUGUCGCCCGGGGAAUGACGUGGCUCCAGCGCUUUGUUAACGCCCGGAUGGUCCUUUACGCUGAAGACACUGAAACCGUGAUACCGACCAUAUUUGGCCGAGUUGGCGUCAACACCAGCGCGGAGACCGAGAAGGCUCUUCAAUCGGCAUUCGGUGAGCGCCAGGACGAAGCGUACAGGGAAAUAUGGAUGCUGCUCCGUCGGCCCUGGUUUGCGCGCAAGUGGGUGAUCCAGGAGGUGGCCAAGUCGACGGAACACGAAAUGGUGCUUGUUUCCGGAUCCAAGAGACUGGCAUGGAAGGCUGUCCAGGCAUGGCUUUGGUUUGUAGAGACGAGCCCGCAGACUCUGCUCCUGUUCCUCGGCAGCUAUCCUUGGACGGCUGAGACUUCGUCAGCUAGCAGUUCGGACGUCUACUCCGACUUCAACAAAGCCAGAAUGCUCGCGCUCAUGAGGGAUAAAGAGGCACCGCUCACGCUUCUACUGGCAAGGACCCUCGGUUUCAGGUGCACAGAUCCACGAGACCACAUUAUUGCCUUACUAGGUAUCUCAACGGACGGCUCGUUCCAAGAUAAUCUCAUCGACUACGACAUCCCCACCGAAGAGCUUUACCAUCGACUCGCCCAAGCUUGUUUGAAAAGUCCUAGGGAUCUCAGGAUUUUGUGGUCAUUUAUUUCUACAAUGCCAGUUGACCGACGAGGCGCAAUGUCUUGGAUGCCAAACAUUGGGGAGCUGCCAGCAAUGCCCGGUCUUGCCAUGCAGACGUUAGAAGUGUCCCAGACGAUGGGUAUAGCUCCUGAUCCUUGCAGAAGCAAGGAACUAGGUGCGUCAACGAGUGGAAAUCAGCUGCAGAUCAAAGGACGUAUAGUCGAUCGUCUGGAACAGUUGGGAAUGAACAUGAGCACUUCUUCCGAGUUGGGAAAUUUCGUCCAAACCAUGGUUACAGUCGAUGCUAAAAUCGCAGUCGGUCGAUGGGAUUGUUGGCUCGAUGAGUGCUGGGGAAUUGCAGAAAUGGCAAACCAUGAUGAGGAUAGCUACCUAUCUGCCUUGCUGGCUGAGGAUAUUAUGAAGACCCAUAUCCCGGAGACCAUAGCAGCGGUCAGGAAGGACUUUCCGGCAUACCGACGAGCUGUGAAAGCAAUCGUUUCUGCUGCAGACGAGGCCGGCUUUUCCGAAGCUAUGGCUUCCUAUGCUGCUACUAUAGAGUCCGUAGGUCACUUGGAAGCCUUCACUCUCAAGAUGCUGCAUAGGCGCUUUAGCCGAACACUGCAUGGGGCAGUAGGCUGGGUGCCGCGGGAAGCGGAGGAAGGGGACCUCAUUUGUGUGUUCGACGGCAUGGAACUGCCCUACGCCGUGCGCCCAAAGGACGGCACUGGAGAUGUCUACGCGUUAGUAGGGGAGUGUCUGAUUUCAGGCGUCGUGGCUAGGGAAGCCAUGGACAUAGACUGUGUGCAGUCCAUGAUAAUCAAUCUGGAGUGA